GCCCUAAAUAUAGAUUCGUAGAAUCUUAGCUGCCCCUGACAUGAUUCGAGUGGAAGAUCUAUUUUGGUCCAUCACAUCUCACAUCACACAGUGUUGUCCGCACCUAACGACCUGCUCGCAUUGUGGUAAUGGCAUUGUUAUUUGUGUUCCAUUGUUUCAGGUUGGUUACUUGACCCGUUCAUUAAAUAAGUAGGGAGGGACCUUUCCGAAAAACAGUACAAAGUGGUGGUCCCUCAUGUAAUUCUGUUAUAUAAUACUACUUCUGACACGGAGUUCAAAAGUUCACAAUAGUUGUACAACCAAUCGGAAGGGAACAAUGGCCUCUAGACAAGAUGGCGGAUGACAAUAUUGCGAAGAAGGACGUAUCCAGCACCACUACCAACAGCUAUUUGUGUCGCAAAAGAGGAUACGUUGACAUCAACGACCAAAAAAUGGAGCCCGGAGAUGCAGAUAAUUCGCACUUUGAGGAGAUGUACCAAGAAGAUCGCAUAUUGAAGAUAUUAUCAUCCAGUCAUCAAUCACAAGAAGUAAUGAUACUUUACAAAAAUGAGAACUUCUGUCACGAGUCUUCAAAUCUGAGUUGUUUCGACGACGAGAUACAGCAGACUAGCAGAAACACCUAUGUAAUCCAACCUGACGACUACAGAGAGGACACAGUGAGGAUAAUAUAUUUCAGGAACGAGCAGAGAGCCGAAGUGGUUCUUUUGAAAAAAGAAAAUGUAAUAGCAAGGUUCUGGGCAUGGUGUAAAGGAAAGAUUGACUGUCUUAAGCCAGAAGACCCCGAUUAGAACAUGUAUUGAAAUGUCAACUUGAGGUCGAAUGCUACUCUUUAUACGUUUUAUAUGUUCAUAGCAGCCUUGAUAGGAUCCGAUUGAUUCUAAAUAAACAGUUUAUUAAUAA